AUGAAACUCAAGCCAGUAAGUUCACAUUCAUGUUCUUCAUCGACGACACCGCUUUCUUAUAAAAACAAAAGCUCCGUACGAUCUUCGCCUGAAACAAGUGACUGUUAUGCAACUGAUCUUACUUUAAAUAGUACCAAUAAUCAUAUCGCUGUGCUUACUAUUCCAAAUACAAUUCAAUUGUUUGAUGCAUCAACAUUAAAACCGGUUUCAUCUCUUUCGUCAACUUCAAACAAUUUUGACAAUAAUAAUUCUUCAUCGCCACUAAAACUUCAUUCUCUUCAAUAUGCUUAUGUUUCACCUUAUACCUUAUUUGCUUCGACAAACAAAAAUUUAGUUCUUGCUUGGGAUACAAGAACACCACAAUUAGAAACAAUUCAAUUAAAUGGUUGCGCUGAUACACAUGAAUUUUUAUCGGUUACAUGUAAUAAUGAAGAUCAUUUAGUUGCUGCUGGUACGGAACUUAAAGGUGAUGAAAAUGUUGGGAUUUCGUUUUGGGAUUUACGAGCACCAAUAAAUAAACAACUAUUAGGAUAUUAUACAGAAUCCCAUUCUGAUGAUAUUAUUCAGGUUAAAUUCUCUCGAAUGAAUUCAAAUAAAUUGUUAAGUGGCUCAACAGAUGGUCUUGUUUGUGUAUAUGAUGUAUCAAAACCAACUGAAGACGAUGCACUUGAACAGGUUUACAAUGCCAAUGGUCCUGUUGCAAAGUGUGGUUUUUCUCAGUACAAUACAAUAUACGCAAUAACUGCAUCGAAUGCAUUUUUCAUUUGGUCAACAUUGGAUGACAACGAACAAUUACUUGUACAAGGCGAUACAGAUUACGAUUUACUCUCAGCGGAUAAUGUGGACUCAUCAGUAAAACCUUCAAAAGUUAUUCAUCAUCUUUCUUCGUCACAUGCAACUAUCGUCGAUAUACUUGCUGAUAGUAAUAUUAAAGAUUUAUUACCAUCUAUUCCACAGGAGGCUAAACCAUACUGGCCAUUACUAAUGUGUGAUCGUAUGGGGAAAAUGAACAUUACGUUAGUCUUAUCUAACGAGUCUCAACCUACUGUACUAUCGAUUGAUUCACCUCAUUCUGAAACAUUACGUGCUGCCGUUACCUAUCGAUCUUCACUUUAUACAUGUGGUGAGGAUGGACAAUUGGUCCAAUGGCAACCGUCAUUAAUAAAUGAUACCAAUGAGAAUAAUCAACAACAAACAAGGUCAAAGAAGAAGUUCAAUAAAAGAAAACCAUAUUAA